GGUGAUUUUUUUUUUCUUUUACCACAACAGAAAGAGGAAGUGUGUCUGAACUUGAGGUAUGAGCACAGACUUGGACGAGCAGGAAGAUGAACUUCUUGCUCUCAAGAGUAUCUUUGAUCCUGAGGAGUUUGUCUGGGAUGGAACCAAGUCUUCUGGAGAAAUCAGAGUGUGUGCUGUGCUCCCUGCUGAAUUCAGUGUAGUACUCAAAGAAGGUGGGUCAGUGACGCAGUAUGGGAUUUCCUUUCUUCCACCUCUGCUUUUGACCUUUGAGCUCCCUGAGGACUACCCAUCCUCCUGCCCUCCCUCCUUCACCCUCACCUGCAGCUGGCUGACUCACACACAGCUUGCUGCACUCAGCGCUCAGCUUAUUGAUCUGUACCAGGCCAAUGGGAGCGCUGUGAUACUUUUCUCUUGGGUGCAGUUUCUGAGAGAAGAAGCCCUGACAUUUCUGGAUAUUCACAGUCAACUGGAGCUUCCUUCAGAUGGAGAUAAGCACAGUGCUGCAGAACUGAAGAAUGAUCCAAACCUCCCUUCAUCAGACCCUACAGAGAACCCACGCUGUGAUGUGAAUCCUUGUAAAUCAGAUCAUUCUGCAUUUUCCUUGGAUUUAAAAACAAAUUGUUCAACAUCAGAUGUGAGCAGCACAGACUCUUCAAAAUCAAACACAGUUGACCUCAGUACUUCAUCCUCACAUCCCAGCCGGUAUUGGGCGGACAAUGAAUCUAACGCAGAUCAUCAAAAGACAUUUCCAUCAAACGUCCAAAACCAAACUGCACAAGCAUCAGACGUAACGAAGCCAGAAGAGACAGAGAUUCAGGAUCAAUUCUCAGGAGCAAGAAAAGCCAGCCAUCUUCUUGUUGCACAGUUGAAUCAAAUCAUUCAAGAUGAUUUCUCAAAAACAGAGAAUAUUUCUGCCUCAUUACCUCACUCCAGUUUCCCAGACCUAACGGAUUCACAAGGAGCAGCGUCUCUGCUGGAAGAUCCCGAAGACUCCUCUCAGGAUGAAGACCACAUCUUCUCUGAUCUGUCUCUGACUCCAUCUCAGGCCCUCCUGUCCCAGAUUUUGAUCUAUGAUGCAUCGCAGAAACAGAGAGUUUUUGACGGCACGGUGUUUGACUGUGGUGUGUGUUUUUUGAGUUAUCUUGGUUCAGAGUGUGUGCAGCUGUCUGAGUGCGGCCACAUCUUCUGCCGGGCCUGUCUCGGGGAGUUUUGUAAACUCCAGAUCACAGAGGGAAACGUCCGCAAUGUCAGCUGUCCUCAGGCUGACUGCACUGCUACACCUACACCUGCACAGGUGAAGCCCCUGGUUGGACAGGAGCUGUUCGCCCGUUACGAUCGUCUCUUGCUGCAGUCGACACUGGACAGUAUGCCUGAUGUGGCGUACUGUCCUCGGCACUCCUGUGGUUCGGCUGUCAUCUUGGACAAGUCCAGCAAUGCAGCAAUGUGCUCUGUGUGCGACUUUGCCUUCUGCACCACCUGCAGAAAAACCUACCAUGGCACAGAUAAGUGUCAGGCUGGGAGGAAAUUUGAAAACAUGAUCAGUCAGAAAGAUAUUUAUCUGCCACACGUAGAAGACGUGGCGUACUGUCCUCGGCGCUCUUGUAGAACUGCUGUCAUUCUGACAAAGUUCAGCAGCGAAGCUGUGUGUCCCGAGUGUAACUUCGCCUUCUGUGUCAUCUGUAGAAGUGCCUACCACGGCACAGAGGAGUGUCCAGCAGGGAAGAAAGUGAAAAAGUCAAAUUUCCAUGAAUACCUGCCUGAGUCUCACAAGGGGAUGAUGGGUCUGUGGAAUGACUAUAUCACCGGCACAAAGAACAGGAAGCACACACUGGAGAGUAAAUACGGCCGCAAAAUCCUGAUGUCCACAUUGGCGUGUGGUCUCAGUGACCUAUGGAUUGCCGGUAAUAGCAAGCCCUGUCCUCAUUGCUUCUGCAAAAUACAGAAGGAGGAAGGCUGUAACCUGGUGUUGUGCUCUCGCUGUAAGCAGUCAUUCUGCUGGAUAUGCCUCACAAAACUUGCACACAGGAAAUCAGGAUACUCUCACUUCCAUCUGGGCGGUUGUUCUCUUCACCAAUGACAAUAAGGGGCUGAUCAAUAAGCAAUUUAGAUGUGAUUUUGUCAAAGAAAUUGUCACAUACAUUAUUGAAGUUCACCAUCGAAAAAUCUUGUGUUUGAAACUAUCACUGUUAUUUUCAAUGCAUUGUUCAUGUAAAGCAAAGCAAUGGUGUCAUGUAUUAAACAAAAACUUCCAUACAUCUAUUCAUUUACAUCCAAAUUAUGAUUGGAACGCACACACACACACACACACACACACACACACACACACACACACACACACACACACACACACUGGACUGGACUGGACAACAAGCGCCAUAGCUCUCCACUGAGAAAGACCAGAGUGGGCUACACCUGGUCAGGGGACUGAGGUCUUUCGGAGUGCAGGGGACACUGCUGGGGACAUUUUCUGACACUGUGGCGGCAUCUGCUAGCUUUUAUUGGAGGGGUCUGCUGGAGCAGCAGUAUCUCAUCUGCUGACAGAAUGAGACUGGACAGCCUAACCGGGAAGGCCAACUCUGUCCUGGGGUGCCUCCUGGACUCAGUGCGGGUAGUGAGAGACUGAUGGACGAUGGCUAAGCUGCUGGACAAUCACUACCAUCCCAUACAGGACACAGUAACAUCUCUGCAGAGCUCCUUCAGUUACAGGCUGCUUCACCCCAAACUGUGUGAAGGAGAGAUACUGCAGGUCUUUCCUUCCUGCUGCUGUCAGACUGUAUAAUAAGCACUGCUUAUCUUCAUCAUCAUCAUCAUCAUAGUCAUCAACUGUGCAAUAAACACUUGGUUCUUUUGUGGAAUACUUGUUUGCAACAUCUAUUUUCUUUAAAGGUGCAACUGAGCAGAUUGCAACUAUCUGAGCAUUGUAAUGUGUAUACUGUUCAUAUGCAUUUGUUAAUUUCUUAAAAUUCUUGUUUUCUUUUUGACUGCUCCCAUUUUUUUGUUGCUUGCUGUUCUUGUUUGUUGCCCC